AAGGAGCCGGCUAGCGCCCGGGCCUCCCGCACUCCCGCCGCUGGUUUCUCGGUGCGCAUGCGCAGCUGGCCGAGUCGCCCUUGCCGGGUCGGAGCAGGCGUGUGGAGACGGUUGCGGGGCGUCGGGCCGUCGGCGGUGACUGAGGGAGCGGCGCCAUGAGCGGCUACAGCAGCGAAGAGCGCGCAGCGCCCUAUACCCUCGAGUACCGACUCUUUCUCAAAAAUGCAAAUGGAGAAUACAUCUCGCCAUUUCACGACAUUCCAAUUUACGCAGACAAGAAUGUGUUUCACAUGGUUGUGGAAGUACCUCGGUGGACAAACGCAAAGAUGGAGAUAGCAACAAAGGAUCCUUUAAACCCCAUUAAGCAGGACGUCAAAAAGGGGAAACUCCGCUACAUCGCCAACGUGUUCCCCCACAAAGGCUACAUCUGGAACUAUGGUGCCAUCCCUCAGACUUGGGAAGACCCAGGACAUAAAGACCAGCACACCGGCUGUUGUGGAGACAAUGACCCGAUUGACGUCUGCGAGAUUGGAAGCAAGAUUUGCUCUAGAGGAGAAGUGAUCAGAGUGAAGGUCUUGGGCAUAUUGGCGAUGAUCGAUGAGGGAGAGACAGACUGGAAGGUCAUUGCAAUCAAUGUCGAGGACCCUGACGCUGCGAGCUAUAAUGAUAUUAACGAUGUCAGGAAGCUGAAGCCUGGUUAUCUGGAAGCGACUGUGGAAUGGUUUAGAAAGUACAAGGUGCCCGAUGGGAAGCCAGAAAACGAGUUUGCUUUCAACGCGGAAUUCAAAGACAAGGACUUUGCCAUUGACGUCAUUAAAAGCACCCACGAUCACUGGAAGGCGUUGGUGGCGAAGAAGACGGACGGAGGAGGAAUCAACUGCAUGAACACGACCGUGCAGGACAGUCCCUUCAAGUGCAGUGUGGAAUCCGCCAGAGCAAUUGUAGAUACUCUACCACCACCUUGUGAAUCUACCUGUGUUGUCCCCGCAGAUGUGGACAAGUGGUUUUAUUACCAGAGCAACUGAUGGCCCUUCAGGAAGACGGGCCAGCAUCGCUGCAUUCCCCUGAUCAGGAAAUCCUAGGUUCCAAAGCUGUAGCUGUUUAAUGGAGAGCUUUGAAGAGGCAGCUUUAUUGAAGCCAAAUUCCAUGUUCAUUUAGUUGUGUCUAUCCAGAAUGUUCCGUCCUCCCUAUCCCUGCCUGCGUAACAAGUGAAUGUGUCCCCAGGGCCGGGCUCUAGGUCGUUGGCAAACUGUGGAGAGAGAGAUGUGCAGAAGCAAGCAUGCUUUGGGUGUAUGUGUUGACCAUACGGUAGGAAAUAAAAUUAUUUUGCUGAA